UCCAUCGCCCCCAUUUACCAGCCUUUGCCGUAUCUAGGCACGACCUCCGGCGCCAUGCCACACUACGAUCCCAAUCAUCUGGUCGAGGCCAGUAACACACAAAUACUCACGCACUCAACACCACCGAUGAUGCAGGUAGCGGUGCCAUCACCCAACUGGGACAUUCUAAGCUCCAGCGAAGGGUCUCAGAGCCCGGCAGAGGACCGCGAGGAGGAGGUCUGGGAGCCGGAAGACCUCCGUCGUAUGGGCUAUCUUGACGCCAGCGGCAACUGGCGCUGCAAGUUUGAGGGGUGUCGAUCCUCACGCGUGUUUAUGCGUGCUUGCGAUUUGCGGAAACACUUUCGUGGACACGACAAGUACUUUUUCUGCACGGAGAAGCCUUGUGCAAAUGCUGGCGUGGGAUUUGCGACGAGGAAGGACUAUCAGAGGCAUAUGGGCUCCCACAGGCCGACUAUCAAGUGUCCUCAUCAAGAUUGUGGGAGAAUCUUCAGUCGGAAAGACAAUAUG